CAACAUCACUUCACAUCUAUAUCCAAAUUUUACUUUCUUUCUCUUUAUAUAUUCUCCUUACUGCUAAAUACACAAACUAUGAAACUAUACAUGGAUCCUUCCAUCAAAGGAGACCAAGAAAUGUUAAAAAUCAAGAAACGAGGUCAUCAAGAUCUUGAGUUAGGUUUGAACCUUUUGCCAAGUGCUACGGCAUCAUCAGAGCUCAAUCUCAUCGAUUCUUUCGAAACCAACUCAUCGUCGACUUCUCAUCAUCAUCAUAAGAAUCAUCAAGAACAUCUGGAAGAUCCGAGAGUGUUCUCGUGCAAUUAUUGUAAAAGAAAGUUCUAUAGCUCACAAGCACUAGGUGGCCACCAAAACGCUCAUAAACGCGAACGCACCUUAGCCAAACGAGAACAGUACUACAAGAUGAGUCUCUCAUCAUCCGCUCCUUAUUCAGCGUUCGCUUUUGGCAACUGUCCAGUCAGCAGAUUCGCAAGCAUGCCAUCCUUACCGCUACUUGGCUCGGUGAAUAACAGAUCAACACUAGGGAUCCGGGCUCAUUCAACGACUCAUGAUCCUUUUUUAGGAAGACCAAAAGCGAGUUUAAGUCAUGUUUUCAAACAAAGCAUUCACCAAAAACUGAGCAUCGGAAAGAUGUUUCCGGAGAAACUUCACCAUGACGUGAAUAGCAGUAACUCUACUGCUCCUAAGUUGGAGAGGAUUGAACACUUCAAGAGCAAGCAUGAAGAUAAUAAUCAGAUUAAGAAGAUUGACUUGACUCUUAAGCUAUGAUCUCUUAUUCUUCAUCUUGGUUUAGUAUAAUGAUUAACUACAGGAUUUUUAGAGAGUUCCAUGAAUCAAGUUGUACCUUUUCCGCUUAAUAUAUAAAUGUUGGUGUGGUUCAAUAUUUGAGGUCUAUUUUAAGCCUAUGCAAUACAAUACUCAAAAACAUGUAAUAAAUUGGA